AGGAAAGGGCUCUCCCUGCACAUCUCUGGGUAAGCAUGGGUAAAGUUGUCUUGAUUUCACUCAUGAAAAAUGAUGGUUUGAACACGCAAUCGUGACAAUAUGGGUUAUUGACAUUUUUUUUUAGUGCAGUUCUUCAUGCGCACUUGGAGUCUCCGAGCGCAGCCAAAGGAAUUACUUUGCGUGGCUGACGUCAGGAACAUACCUCACCAGCAGCACAGUGCGGCCAACUGGCGGUGAGGAGGAUAUGAGGAGCAAUCGUGGAAGAGGACUCAGUCCGACCUUGUCUGGCUGGCUCACAGUUUCGCGCCUGCUAAAAUAGUUGGCGGCGUUUGAAGCCGCUUCAACUUUAACCCUCAUUCAUGUUUUUUUAUUCGCUACCCAUCCACGUCUGGGUGAUGUGCACGGGAAUAGAGCAACACUACUCCAACCUCUUCCGCAUAUUGGAUUUCUAUGCAAAGAGAAGGUCGCCAAUGUCCCUCCAAGGAUUCGGGAAAUGAAGACUGCUUGCGGACACGGACUCAGUGUUUUUUGACUUUUGAACCACAUUUUACGCAGUUUUAAUCAGCUGUUUGUUUGUUUGGUUUUUUCAACUCACGAAGCAUUUGCGUCCUGUGCGGGAUUACUCGCUUGCAUUGCUUAUAUUUAACAUACAAUCGCGUUGUGGAUACGCCUGUGCUGUGCAUUGAACAGUGCACAAUUUCGAUCAUAAUGCAUUUUAUGUAGGAUAACCUCUGUGUGUACAAAGUGCCAAAUCAAACCGGGAUGGCGAACGAGCGUAACCGCAACAUUGUGGAAAAGUAUAUCUGCCAUAAACUCUCCAAACAGGGCUACGUGUGGGGGUUUGACGAUGUCCGGGAUGAAGAUGCUGCUAAUAACGGGUCAAUAGUUGCUCCUCCACCGACUUUAGUCCGCCGGUGCCGUGAGGCCAGCACCGGGCCUGACACCGAGAGCAUCCCCCACCUCUGCAAACGUCUCCCCCAGUCCGACCCGCACGCCGCCAUCCACAGAGUCCUGCGCGAGGCUGGAGAUGAACUUGAAAGACUGUACCAGCCGGACUUCACGGAGAUGUCACGGCAGCUGUAUCUCACCUCCACCACGGCGCAGAGGAGAUUCGCCGAGGUGAUAGACGAACUGUUCCGGGACGGGGUGAACUGGGGCCGGAUUAUCGCUUUCUUCGAGUUCGGGGGCACGGUGUGCGUGGAGUGCGUGGCCAAGGAGGAGAUGACACCGCAGGUGGACAACAUCGCGGAGUGGAUGACGGAGUAUUUAAAUGGACCUCUGAACAGCUGGAUACAAGAUAACGGGGGAUGGGAUGCCUUUGUAGAGCUGUAUGACAGACAGAGGGACUCCGUCUUCAGUUGCUCCUGGCCCUCCAUUAAGACGGUCUUCGGUAUGGCUGCGCUCGGGGCAGCCAGCCUCACCAUCGGGGCAUACCUUACACAGAAGUGAACGAGCCCUCGUUCUACCAGCGUGACUUUAUUUCUCAUCCUCCUCCUUCUCCUUCGCCUCGUGCCUCUUUCUUUUUCCUUUUUAAAUAUACCCCUGACCCCUCCGAGACAAACCUUCAGACUCCAAAUCUGGCUCUCUUCAAAGCCCCUCUCUCAAGAAAACUCCCUCUUCCUCGCCUGUAUUCAUGUCAAAACAGACACAAAUCAAAAACAACUGAAGCAACCAGAUGAACGGCCCAUACUGAGCAAAGGAUGUCUUGAAAAAGAGGCGGCUUAGAUGUAAUCACACUAAGCUGAGUAGAACUGAGGAGAAAGGAGGAUUUUUAUUGUUCUGCCUGCUUCUGUACUAGUUAUAGCAUGAAUGUUGAGUGUUAGUGUAGACGUUGCAUGUGUCAGAGCUCAUGCGGGACCUCUAUUUGGAGGCCUUGAUGAUGGGGGUGCAGGGACAAUGACGCUUACGCACCGGAGAGGAAACGGCCGCAGCCCCGCCCCGCCUUGUUAGGGUGAAGAGCCCCGUUUGAACUGUGGACUCCAGUUACCCCCCCCUCCUCCUGCAGCCGUCCUUCAAAGCACUUCCUCCACAGAACAGCUGCUCAGAAUGUAUAAUGGAAACAUCUAGCUACAACCAGCGAGUUGUGUGUCUACUGCUUUCACUCCUCAGACAGCUUCAGUGAACUCUGAACACACUGCACCAUUAUACUCCCCCUGGCCUUUAAUGAGUAGAGAAAGAGCUGGUGGAAGACUGAGGUCUGCUGAUCUGUAUUUUGCAGGGUUUUGUUUUUUUUUUUUUGUUGAAAGCUCAUUGAUUGAGAUUUGUAUGUCGGUUUUUAAUUUUUGCAGCACGCCAAAUCCUAAAUUGUGCCGUGUUGCUGCAGAAAGAGACAAUGGGAUUUUUCUCAAGGAGUGAAAAAAAAAAAAAAAAAAACACGUAGAAGAAGCUUUGAAUAGAAAUGUCAAAUGUUGGUGACAGUGCUGGGAAGAAUCUUGAGCACAGCACAAAAGAGUGAGGUAGAAGUAAAAAACAAACAAACAAACAAACAAAAAGAAACAUUGCGUUUUGCAUUUUAAGAAGGGAGUAGGAGUAUGUUGCCCCUGCAACAUAAACGGACAAGAUUUUUAAGCGUGCAUUCCUCAAGCAAAGUGAUGAACGAGACUGCUCCUCUGCUAAGAAACGACUCCCCUUUAAAAGCAUCAUCAGAUUAGUACCAAACAAACAAAAAAAAAAAAGAAAAAAAAAAAGAAGCUAAAAUCAGUUCUUUUCUAUUUUCUACCUCUGUUGCUUUCUUACUCCGUUUGUAGUCAGACUGUUUGGGCUCACGCAGGUUUCAGAGCCUGACCCUGUCAACAUGUGUCCUCCAGCUGCUGAGGCCCCACAGCGGCUCUGUAAUGCUAGAAUCCACUCUUGACAAAAGCGCCUGUUGACGUGGACUGUGGAAACCUCGCCUGGCCACAGAUGACUGAGUGGAACACCACGGCUGCCGGGUUUCAGUUCAGGUCUAGAGCCAGUGUGUCCCGAAUGCUGGAACCUGAGAUGUCCCUUCUCUCCGGUCUGCAAAUGCAUUCAGUCAUUGAUUUGUUCCUUUCAGCCUGUUUUAUUGAUGUUUGUCUUGUGUUACAGUCUGAUAGAAAUUUUUUUGGAAAUGCUCACGGGCUCCUAAAUAUUUUGUUGUACACAGUACUUAGCAAGUUGGUUAUGGAAAAAAAAAAAAAAGGUUUCUGUCAUUAAAAAUCUUCUUCUUCGUUGCAUGGAUGAAAGAUACUGUCGUCACACAACAAAUAUUCACUGUGUGUAACCAUAUUUAUAAAGAAUAGGGUAGAAGAUAAGAAAUAACAUCAAAGGAGUUGCAUUUUCUAUUUAUUGAGAGGUACCAGAUCACAGAUUUUUUAACAGUACUUUAAUGAAAUUUUUUUUUUUCACUUUUUUCUAUUCUAUGGAAUCACACUGUAACUACAUUUUUUUCCCCUGGCUGCUAUUAUAACAAGAAAAAUGUUUAAAAAAGUGAAUUUCUGUGUCGUAUUAAUAUUGGCUUAAGGCUGCUAUACUGUUGAUUUAACUUUUACUUACAGCUUAAACUGCCACAGUUUUACAGUAUAGUUAUAGAGAGCUGGAAACCAAAGUUAACUUGUAUUAAUCUUUAAUUUAAAAAAACAAACAAACAAACAAAAAAAGUAGCUUCACAAAAAUACACAUCGCUUCACUUUCUGAUCUCCCUGUGGAGGGUUUGUCUAGUGUUACUGUACUAUAUCAGCUUAACUUUUGUCAACUUUGUGCUCCCAUGAUAACUCAGUGCUUAUCUGUAAAAUGUUGACCUGCCACACUUGUCUCUGAUAUCACCAUAAACCAUCUCAUUCUCACUACAGGUCACAGUGUGAGAUAUUCCUGGUGAGGUACAGAGACAAACAGAGGGUGAUUUAUGAGCAGGUAAAGGAACAGUUUAACAGCAAUAUACUGUAAUUUUUUUUAUAUUCUCUGUGCAUAUAUGAAUGUAGGCAUUCUGGUUGCUGUACUGUUUUAUGUCUAUAAUCACAAACCUUGUAGCACUUAAGAAAAGUGAAUUGUGUUCUGUUGUUUACUGCUAUAUUCCACGAUAAGCUAGCGGGAUCACAUUGUUCCUAAUAAACCAGAUUUCUCAAGCA